CGCUGAAGUAAAUGUCCUCCUUCAACCUCACAAACGUUCUCUAUGCCACGACAACUUUUGUCAAUAUACCUAAUUCAGGCCUGCAAUUGAGGUGUCGUCGCAAACGCGUCCGCAAAUGGACCUGAUUUGCGACGUUCAAUCCUGAGUGGAGGUGCUUCAUCCUCAGAUAUUUACUGUGCUUAUCAGCAAACGCCGAGCUUCAAUUCAUGCCUCCCUCAAUUAAAAGUUAAAGCUCUAUGGGCUUCCGAACCAACUUCGGCCUGCAAAGUUGUACAACGCGAAAAAUGCCGUCCCAUUGGUAGCUUGAUCGACACACAAGCACGCACUUCUCUAGAGGCGCAGUCAUGUACAACCACACCACGCUGUCCAGAACGAGGGAGGCCGCGCGAUAGGUCAGGAAGAGGGGAAGAGACGACGUUAGGGAAAGUGCCAGAUCUCUAAUGUGCAAUGUGCGAUGCGUGUGCUACCUGACCUGCAUGAUCUCAGAGAACCACCAACCUCAUCGGCACCAGCCCUCGCUCGCUUGUUUUCCGCCUGCAAUGCACGCAUACUGCUCAAUUUGUUGAUCUAGUUUUACAUCAGCGGGCCAACACGGUAUCUUUUUCUACCCUCUUUCCGAAGAACUUGGCGGUACGACAUUGAGCUUACAGUGCAGAGAUGCGGGCAUUUGCUUUUUCCUACAAGCCAGGAGUAUGAAUGGCAAGGCAUGGAGUUUCCGGAGAACUGAGGGUGCACGUUUUGUUCCCCUGUAUAACUGUCUCAGCUUUUACUACUCAAGCUUUGGCGUGGUUGUUGAGGAUACCCUCGGGUUGAGCCGACCAGUUGCAACAAAUACAUUGUGCAAUACCGCCCCCAUGGCCCUGUCACUAGUAUGACUUCCCGCAGACAGGACGAAUUCAGAUGCCCCUGAUCAAGUGUACAACACGAGAGCUUUGUUGUUUCUCCAAAGGCUUUGGAUGAGCGCGAAGCAUAGCCACAUAAGCCAUGUACCGCUUGGUUGUUUCGAAUUCCACCAACGCUUCGGCUGAUGCUUAUUCACCUCUGGACCGUCAUGGUGCACCAGAUCAUUGCACCAAACUCCAAGAACGAACAAUAUAUCAUCGACGAAGCAAAGAAGCAUCCGAGCAAUAAGCGUUACUCACUCAUUGUUCUGCAGACUUGGCAAUCCUUAUCACGUGGCUUGAAUGCGGCCCCAUUCACCUCGAGCUCACUGAGACAUGUCCCGGACCUGGAACAGCCUAUGCUGUAGCUACCUAGCCCUGGUAAUCGGGAUGGUUUCAACUGAGCACCAUGGCAAAAUCUCAACACAUGGAGCUGAUCCUGCCAAUGCGUUGUCUUAUAUCAGACAGAGAUGGUGAACAACUGGACCAGGAAGCCUCAUCUUGCAUGCUGGGGUUAAAGGAUGUGUGACUCAGUGCGCGGGUUGGGACAAGCAAAUCUGUGAAACGUCGCUGGAGAUGUUUCACAGGUCUCCGUGCAACAACUGUGAAGCGAAGUCAUGAGCCAUAACUCACUUUAUCGGAUAAGCUCGCUCGUCCGAGUCGACUUGGUACAUGAAAGGCACUCAACCACUGUGACGGAGUGGAAUCCGGAGGAACAAGGCGGGGUAGAGAACGAGAUAUGUUUCGCCUCCACGAGUGUCGGGUUGAACGAUUCCAUCACACUUUUGCUUCGAAUAACCGCCUCAUAUCAACAAAAUCUAAGCUCCAGGGCUGUCAACUUAGCUGUCAAGAGAUUUUGGCCUUGCGUCUGGAGGUGCUAUCCGAAGAUGGUUCUGGAAAGCAUAAUUACAGACGAUAGCAUCUGAAGUGAUGUUGAAAGCUACCAUGAUGACAUAACGAUGAAAUACGAUGAAAUGCCAAGGCAUGUUCUCAGGUACUGACCGAUGAGAUUCGGGUUCUUGGGCCCCAAAGGUGGGGUGGGGAGCGGGUGCGAGGAUUUGACGCUAAUCAAGUCCCAACUUCGUUACCUCAAGAGGACUGUGGUUACAGUGAAAAGGGAUGAUUGGUCUCC